AUGGAGCGACCAUCCACACCACCUCGGGCAACGAAGCCUGCGCCGGUUAUUAGUCCUCCUACACCAGAAGUCACAAAGCGCAUAGAAGAAAAUCGACUCCGCGCAAAGGCGAUCCGGGAUCAGCGUGAAGCUGAACAACGAGCGACCGGCACCGUGCCCGAGAUUCCCAAAAGCUCCGGCGGCUUUGUACCAACAGAAGAUGUCUACAUUUCGAAGACGGCCAACGGAAAGCGACCAUACAACUCCAUUUCGACAACAGAGGCUAAGGGAACAAAUCGAGAUGGACGCAACAAGGGAGAUGAAGAGUCGCUUAAGCCUGCGAAGAAGUUCACGAAGUUUGUCGACUAUAAUAUGAGCACCAUGACAGAUACUAAAGGUGGUUUCUUGUCAACGGAAGAUGAUCCUCAUAACUUCGCACUUGGUGGCAAGAAGCCUGGGCAGACGGAUGCAGACCAGAGACCAAAACACAUGACCGUUCAGGAAUGGGAGCGAUUACAGCUGAUACGGAACUUGAAGCGAACCAAGGCAGGACCUUUUGAACCGGGUCUUAGUGUGCUGGCGGAUGAAGAGACACGGAAGAAAUGUAGGGAUUGCAAGAGCUUGGAAAUCGACUUUGUCUGGGAGGAGGUUUUCCACCUUUGCGUCUGCAAUAAGUGCAAGGAGAAAUAUCCAGAGAAGUACUCGCUGUUGACGAAAACUGAGUGCAAAGAGGACUACUUGCUUACAGACCCCGAACUACGAGACCCUGAACUAUUACCCCAUCUUAAUAAGCCCAACCCUCACAAAUCUCACUGGCACGACAUGAUGCUGUUCCUUAGAUGUCAAGUGGAAGAGUAUGCGAUUAAGACGAAAUGGGGUUCAGCAGAGGCAUUGGAUGAGGAAUUCGAAAAGCGCGAGGCGCAAAAGAAGGCUCGCAAGGAAGCCAAGUUCAAGGAGAAGCUGCUGGACUUGAAGAAAAAGACACGGACGGACGCCUUCCGCAGACAAGCAGGCAACCUAAGCAAAUCAGGAGCAAGCAAAUUUGGAGAUACGAUAGGAGGCGGAAAGCAUGUGCAUGAGUGGGGAAGAACCGUGGAAAACGAGGACGGUAUGACAGUUAAGACAUGCGUUGAUUGUGGUAUGGAAGUCGAGGAAAUGGAGUUUUGA